CGUGUCUGUGCCUGGCAAAGAGCGGUCUUCACAACAACCUCACGCCCACGCGCCUCUUGCAUAGUCUUCAUUUCUUCUCUUCUUCUAGAAGAAGCCUCUCGUUUGACCCAUCGUCGUCUUCUCCCUUCCGACGCAGAUCGCGCCAUCUCCGCCCCCAGAGACUUUCGCGUGGAACCCACCCUUAGCGACUCUGUCAAGCCAGCCUCUCAUUUCACCCUCAUCUUCACCCUCACUCUCGUUACCGCUGCCCGUAGUGCAGCAUUGCUCGUUGCCUGGCUGUCUGAGCGUCUCUACCAGUUAGCUUCACAAUGUCAGACAAAAAGAACGACGACUAUGGCCAUCGGGAUGCCGAGAUGGGCGAUGGCGGAAAGGUCGAGACGGCCUACUCUCGCUCGCCCUCGCCUCGAAUGGCUGCUCCAACGGGCUUUAAUUUGUCCAAGAUCGACAACAGUCCGGGGGCGUCUGUCCUGGGUUACUGCUUGGCCUCCAUCAGUAUGACUGUUGUCAAUAAAUUCGUCGUGUCUGGCUCCUCAUGGAACAUGAACUUUUUAUAUCUUGCUAUUCAGUCCAUUGUGUGCUGUGUUGCUAUUCAGGCUUGCAAGCAGGCCGGUCUCAUUACCAACCUUUCUGCGUUUGACGUUGAAAAGGGCAAAAAAUGGUUCCCAAUUUCUGUUCUUUUGGUUGGUAUGAUUUAUACCGGCGCCAAGGCUCUUCAAUACCUGUCCGUGCCUGUAUACACCAUCUUCAAGAACUUGACUAUUAUUGUCAUCGCCUAUGGAGAGGUGCUCUGGUUUGGCGGAAGCGUCAGCCCAACCAUUCUUCUCUCCUUUGGCUUGAUUGUUUUCAGCUCCAUCGUUGCCGCGUGGGCUGAUGCCGAUGCUGCUAGGGGUUCAUCAAAAGCAUCUCAAUCCCUUGCCACUCUGCAGGUCGGCUAUACCUGGAUGGCCCUGAAUGUGUUUUGCCAAGCUGCUUUUGUUCUCGGUAUGCGCAAGGUCAUUAAGAAGAUGGGCUUCAAAGACUGGGACACCAUGUUCUACAACAACUUUUUGACCAUUCCGGUCCUGAUUGUUGGCUCACUUCUGCUUGAGGACUGGUCUGCUGAAAACCUGGCUCGAAACUUCCCCGCAGAGACUCGAAACAGUCUCAUCAUCGGUAUGAUCUACUCGGGUCUGUGUGCUAUUUUCAUUUCAUACUCGUCUGCCUGGUGCAUUCGUGUUACUUCUUCUACCACUUAUUCGAUGGUGGGAGCUCUGAACAAGCUUCCCAUCGCUGUCAGUGGCCUUAUUUUCUUCGAUGCCCCCGUUACUUUUGGCAGCGUGUCUGCCAUCAUCAUUGGUUUCUUCAGUGGUCUUGUGUAUGCCUGGGGCAAGGUUCGCCAGACCGAGAAGGCCAAGAUGUCCCUUCCGGUGACCAAGCCUGUCAUGAGUGCCAGUUCUCAGAGCAACAACGACGCGUCAAACUCGUGAAGCUCUGGCUUCAAUAGAUUAAAAAGACUUGAAGGGGAUGGAAAAGAAUGGAAAAGGAUGAUAAAGGAUGGGCAGCGGAGUUUGAGUAUUUAUGCUGCUAUUGGGAAGUUAUAGAAUUAUGUGGGAUUGUACUCUAGAUUUAUCCGGCCAACGUGUGAAGAUGUCAAGAUUUAAUGAUGGCAGUGUUCUUGUCAUGAUAAUUACGAUUCUUUAAAGACAUUUCAGGACAUGAUCAAUAUUUUCCCGUGUGAGA